AUGAGUUGGUUUACCUCCUUUGACAAGAUUGUGGGAAGCACCAGAGCCAGUUUUCGGGUCAGUCUCAAAGUGCUUGGUGGUGGAGUUAAACGAAUUCAAAGGGCUGCGAGCUUGUCUUCUGCUAGGCUUGAUCUGUUGGAUGACAUGUCAUCCUCGUCAUCGUCUUCAUCCUCUUCUGGAUCUGUGGUGAUUGAAAAGAAGGACAAUGUUCUUACCAGUGGAAACUUCACAGUUGAAACAUGUUCCAAUUCUGUUCCCGCCUCUCAAGAGUUGGUAUCUCAGAAUUCACUCAGCUUUUUGCAAAUGCUGGACGAUAGCAGCAGCAGCAGUGCUGAUGAUGAUGCUCAUGAAAGAUCUUGCGCAUCCUUUGUCACUGAUGAAAUGCGAUCCUUGCAAUCUCUCCGAAACACGCUGUCUGAUGGCAGCAGCACUGAUAGUGACGGUGAUGAUGAUGAUGGAGAACGGUGCGGUGUGGAUGCCUCCCCUCCAGAUGCCAGUCUAAGAUGUACGGAUCUAGAUCCAACCACAAGCCGUGUGGAUGAAGAAAAUGGCAUUGUAGCUGCCUACGGUGGACAAAGCAGCGCUACUGCUGUUGACGAAGACUGUGCAGCCAGCACUGGAAAUGAUCCAAGUUUCUCUGAUGCUGCACCGGUACAACACCCACCCAACGAAUCCUUCCAAAAUGGAAGUCACGAACGCCAACCAAUGUGCACUGAGCAAACUUCAGCCAGCGAUACCUUCGACAAUGAAUGCACCCAUGAUAUUGCUCAAUCUCCAGUUCAUGAUGCGAGCAUGACGAAUAUUAAUGCAGAGGUGGUUGUACAAGAUCAUUCACUCCUUGAUCUUGAGGCAGGAACUGAAGGAAAACAAUGUGCCAAUAUGCUGGGCAGCAAUGAAGAGGACGAUGAUUGGCAACAAGGUGUCAAUAUGUUGAGCAGUAACGAAGAGGACGAUGGAAGGCAAGAGCAGAACGAAGCUCAAACCAACGAACAGGCAUUGAGUACCGUGUAA